AUGGUGUUGCUGCAAGAGACUAAGAAAUCUGUGAGUAAUGAAAAGUUAGCUUGGUCAAUUUGGGCUGGAGAGAUGAUGGACUUUAUGGCUGUGGACUCAACAGGAGCUGCUGGAGGUUUACUCUGUGUAUGGAAUCCAGAAGUGUUUCAAAUUAAAGACUGUUGCUGCAAUAAAAACUUUAUUCUCCUAUCAGGUACGCUUUAUUAUAGCUUUCAGUGUGUAGUGGUGAAUGUAUAUGGUCCUAAUGAUGCAAUUAAAAGGAAGGAGGUAUGGGAUAUUCUGUUAAAAAUGAAAUCUGUUUUCCCAAAUCCUUGGUGUGUGGGGGGGGAUUUCAAUGAGAUCCGGAGAAUUUCAGAAAGAAAAGGGUGCUCUAGAAUGGAUAGGGGGAUGAGAGAAUUCAAUGCAAUGAUUGACCAAUUAGAGUUAAUUGACUUACCAAUGUUCGGGCGAAAUUUCACCUGGAGUAAUUCUCAGGAUGGGGAAAGAUGGAGUAGAUUAGACAGAUUUCUCCUUAACACAGACUGGGUGUGUAAUUUUAAUUUCAAAUUGUGGGGUCUUCCUAGAAGGUUUUCAGAUCAUAGCCCUAUCCUACUGUUAGAGGAUGAGAGGGACUGGGGUCCUAGACCCUUCAAAUUCUGUAACAACCCUCAUACUGUUUACUGA